GAGACAUCUGAUACUGAUCGCCCGUCUCUUCGAGGUCCUCCUACAAACACUUUGAUAUUUGUGAGGCGGCGUUGUGUGAGUCUCUCCUGAAUCUCUCCUGAGUCUCUACUGAGUCUCUCCUGAGUCUCUCCUCAGUCUCUCCUGAGUCUCUCCUGAGUCUCUCCUGAGUCUCUACUGAGUCUCUCCUGAGUCUCUCCUGAGUCUCUCCUGAGUCUCUCCUGGGUCUCUACUGAGUCUCUACUGAGUAUCUACUGAGUCUCUCCUGAGUCUCUCCUGAGUCUCUCCUGAGUCUCUCCUGGGUCUCUACUGAGUCUCUACUGAGUAUCUACUGAGUCUCUCCUGAGUCUCUCCUGAGUCUCUACUGAGUCUCUACUGAGUCUCUCCUGAGUCUCUCCUGAGUCCCUCCUGAGUCUCUACUGAGUCUCUCCUGAGUCCUGACCGAGUCCUGAGUGAGUCCUGAGUCUGUCAUCCAAUCGGAGGCUGGAGCCUCACUUUAGAGUCUCAUCUCAACGCCCAGAGACCGGAGCACAUGGAGACCGGGGGUCCCAGCCGGGGGCCAGGGGCCCUCUCUGCAGCGGACCUGGACUCCAGUACGGACUCGGAGGGUGAGGAGCGGGUGAGGAGGCGGGAGGAGCGGGAGGAGCGGGAGGAGGAGGAGACGCGGGCCGUGGCCUCGUCCCCCGACGGCCGCUACCUCAAGUUCUGCGUGGAGCUGGGCCGCGGCUCCUUCAAGACCGUGAGCCGCGGCCUGGACACCGUCACCACCAUGGAGGUGGCCUGGUGCGAGCUGCAGGACUGUGGCGAGUUGGGAACCAGCUACUGGGAUCAAGCCGACCAAAUCCGAAUGGUCUAGUAGCAUUUCGGCUACCUUCAAUAUCCGCUUCUUCACUUUGGUUCCCGCCGAGGUCUGGAGGGUCAGUGAUGACAUCAUCAACAUCAGCAGCAGCAAUGCUGGGGACGCCAUGACUGGAAAGAGAAGCACACGACAGUAGUACUAACAUAAUACUCAUACUGUACUAAGAUAAUGCUAACACUGUACUAAGAUAGUACUAAAACAGUACUAAUGUAAUACUUACACAUUAUUAAUGUAAUACUGUACUAAGAUAGUACAGAAACUGUGCUGAGAUAGCACUAACACUGUGCUAAGAAGCACAAUGUUAUGUUAAGCCCUUACAUUGUACUCACAUUACAAACAGAGUAGUCUGUACUAACACUGUUCUUCAAACCAUACUUACAUACUACUAACAGUGUAUUAAGAUAGUAUUAAGAUACUCAAAACACAGUAGUAACACUGUACUCACAUUGUACUAACACUGUUCUGACAUAGUACUGCAAUACAUUGUACUGUACACAGUAAAUUAUAUUAUACAACAUACCUUCAGAGACGGAGUCUAGCAGCUCCGCUGGUCGGCCGGUUGUUGUUCUGGCUGGUUGUUGUUCUGGCUGGUUGUUGUUCUGGCUGGUGGUUGGAGUCUGGCUGCUGGUUUGAGUCUGGCUGGUGGUUUGAGUCUGGCUGCUGGGUUGAGUCUGGUUGGUGGUUUGAGUCUGGCUGCUGGGUUGAGUCUGGCUGCUGGGUUGAGUCUGGCUGCUGGUUGGAGUCUGGCUGCUGGGUUGAGUCUGGCUGCUGGUUUGAGCCAGGUUGCUCAGGAGCUGCAGAACGGUGUCUUUUAUACUGGCUGCUAUCUGUCUUUUAGUCGACUGGAGAGGUGGCUUUACAUUUUAGGGUCAAACGACUUCCAUGUCUUAGUGGGUCUGCCUCAUUUAUUGUCACAGGGCUGGGAGCUGACCAGUACAACCAUCUCUAAGACCAAGAUAAGACAUUUGAAUGUGAAGGAAUAAAGGAAUAAAACAGAGGAGCUGACAGUUUGGCCCUCAGUUUGUUCUGUAAACCACCAUGAUGGUAGUACU